AUGAAAUGCACAGAGCGUGAGAGUGUACUGCAGCGCACAGGAUCUGAUCCUGGUGAGAUGCAGGAUGAGCCUGGCCAGGAUUCACCCCACAAAGCCCAGUCCCUCCAAGCAGCAGAACCCUCCAAUCCAUGCAGAAUAGUCCCACAGAAGCGGAUCAAGUGGCAUUCAGCUAACAGCCGAAGCAUGUGGUCACAGUUUGACAUCGAUAGGAAGCAUGCUGCCUUUAUUUCCAACCCCUUCCUUCUUGGUGACAAGCACAGUCUUACAUGCUCAAAUGAGGAGGUGAACUCUUUUUUGCACAACACCUUGAGCAACCCAGAUAGGGACCUGGAUCUGGAACCACACACAGCCCUAAUAACCCCACAUCCUCAUACAGUUGAAUUUGUCAUAAGGGAGCCCAGCUGGACAAAGGUGCAGGAUGAUAAGCAGUGGAGAUACGCAGAAGGUGUAUGGAUCCCCAAGAAAGAAAAUUCCAAGAACAUCAGUCAGUUAAGAGUCAUCUCACUGCUGAAUGUUGAAGGUAAGCUAUUUUUCAUUGUCUUUCAUGACCUCUUGAAGAACAACUAUAUUGACACCUCUGUUCAGAAGGACAGAAUCCCGGGAGUGCCAGGAUGUUUGGAACACACGGGAGUCAUCACACAAUUCAUUAGGGAGGCUCGUGAAGGAAAAGGAGACCUGUUAAUGUUAUGGUUGGACAUUGUGUGGUAUGGAGCCAUAUGCAUUAGCAAUCUCAUUGUGCUUCCCCUCCAGCGACAUAAUGUUUCCAGCAAAAUCACAGACCUUAUCCUGGAUUAUUAUAGCAAGUUCAGGUUUAGAGCCACCACUGUGUCAGGUGUAUCAGACUGGAAUUGGUUAGAAGGUAUAAUUACAGGUUGCACCAUUUCAGUCAUUCUCUUUGCCCUUGCAUUGAACAUCAUUGUAAAGUCGGCAUCGGUUGAGUGCAGAGGCCCUUUGAUGAAAUCUGGAGUGUGACAGUCCCUAAAAAGAGCUUUCAUGGAUGACCCGACAGUCACCACCACAUCCGUACCAGGCAGUAGGUGGAUUCUUCAAGGGCUAGAGAAUGUCAUCAACUGGGCAAGGAUGACCUUUAAACCAGAAAAAUCAAGGUCGCUGGUGCUCAAAAGGGGGAAAGUAGUGGACAAGUACUCCGGAGUCACCAUCUUGUCCAUAACCGAGAAGCCAAUUAAGAGCCUCGGCAAGGUCUUCGACUGUAGCCUCAAGGAUUCUGCCUCCAUCCAAAAAACUAGCAAAGAGUUUGAGUCUUGGCUUAGCAGGGUGGACAAAUAAGGUCUACCUGGGAAGUUUAAGGCCUGGACUUACCAACAUUCUAUCCUGCCCCAGACCUUGUGGCCCCUGCUGAUGUACAAAGUGCCUAUAACAACUGUUGAGGCCCUGGAGAAAAAGAUUAGCAGUUAUCUGCGUAGAUGGCUUGGGUUAACUCGCAGUUUGAGCAGUGCUGACUUGUAUGGCACCAGCAAUGUCCUGGAAAUCCCAAUUGACAGCCUUACUGAGGAGUUCAUGAUGUCAAGAACACGGAAAGCAUGGCAAUAUAGAGAGUCCAGGGAUCCAAAUGUGGCAGCAGCUUGAAUACAGGUGCGAACAGACAGAAAAAGGAGUGCAGGAAAAUUGCUGGAGGUGGCUGAGUCAUGGCUGAGGCAAAAGGCACUGGUGGGGCCCAUAGCAACAGGGUGUGCAGGCUUUGUCUACUUCUCGGUAGGAAGAAUUGACAAUACUCAAGGCAAAGAGCGUCAACAUCUUGUUCAGGAGGAAGUGUGGGCAGGUGUGGAGGAAUGUAGGGUCAGCAGGAUGGUGGGAGUGGGACAGCAAGGAGCUUGGAAAAAAUGGGAAAAUGUCCGGCAAUGUAAGAUCAACUGGGCCGAUAUUUGGAAAGGAUACUUCCACUGUAUUAGGUUCUUAGUCCAAACUGUCUAUGAUGUCCUACCAAGUCCAGCAAACCUUCACAUCUUGGGCAAAAUUGAGACACCCUCCUUUCCCCUCUGUCCAGGAAGAGGAUCCCUAGAGCACCUCCUUAGUAGCUGUCUAAAAGCCCUCAGAGAUGGGCACUACCGCUGGCGCCACGACCAGGUGCUUAAGGGAGUUGCUGAGAGCAUAGCCAAAGCUAUCAACACCAUCAAGGGCCACCACAAUCCAAGGAGCAUCAAGUUUUUUAGAGCUGGGGAGAAAGCCCUUCCACAACCCAGAGCAAAGUCUAGACUCCUCACUACUGCUACGGAUUGGCAACUAGAAGUGGAUCUUGGAAAACAGCUUAAGAUCCCAACCAGAAUAAUAUCCACAAGGCUUCGUCCAGACAUUAAUAUAUUCUCAGAUUCUACUAGGCAGUUGAUCUUCUUGGAGCUCACUGUGCCUUGGGAAGAGCGCAUGGACAAGGCCAAUGAGAAAAAGCGCACCAAGUACCAGGAGCUAGUGGAAGAGUGUAGGAGGCAGGGCUGGCAAAUCCGUUUAUGAACCCUAGGCAUCACAGGGGAAGCUUAAAGAAAGGCGAUCAGAUCCACAACUGAAGCUGCAGAGAAAGAUCGUUGGCUUUGGAUUAAGAGGGCAGAACUGUGGGCAACUGCUGCUGGGACACAGUCCGGGGUCUCAUCAACUCCGGUUGGGUUGCCUGGGUGAGGGUAUCUGAUAUUGAAAGACCCGAAACACCCAAUGACCCCAGGAUACAUCACUGAG